UUUCUGUCUUUUCUACAGAAAUUAUAGUAGAAAGUAGUUACAGUGACGCUCACUCGACAAGCGUAUAAAAAUAGGAUGUCAGGGCAUAGAGGCGGAGGAGGGGCUGGGACUCAUCAAGGAGGCCCAUCGGGCCUCAAGCAAAUAGAUUUAGAUCAAAUUUGGGGAGAUCUCCGUGAGGGUAUUGAACAAGUUUAUAACAGGCAAUGUAUGUCUAAACCAAGAUAUAUAGAAUUGUACACACAUGUAUAUAAUUAUUGCACAAGUGUUCAUCAACAAUUAACUAGAACAUCAACCAAGAGUAAAAAGGGACAAAUUUCUCAAGGAGGUGCACAGUUAGUUGGUUUGGAGUUAUAUAAACGAUUACGUGACUUUCUUAGAAAUUACCUUAUUAGCUUAUUGAAGCAUGGAAUUGAUUUGAUGGAUGAAGAUGUAUUACAAUUCUAUACAAGGCAAUGGGAAGAAUAUCAGUUUAGUAGUAAAGUGUUAAAUGGUGUUUGUGCGUAUCUAAAUCGACAUUGGGUACGUAGAGAAUGUGAAGAGGGUCGUAAAGGAAUUUAUGAAAUUUAUCAGCUAGCUUUGGUUACAUGGCGAGAUAACUUAUUCAAGCAUUUAAAUAGACAAGUUACUAAUGCAGUGCUUAAGUUAAUUGAGCGAGAACGUAAUGGAGAAACAAUAAAUACACGUUUGGUCAGUGGUGUAAUUAAUUGUUAUGUAGAAUUAGGUUUGGAAGAGGAAGACCCUGGUGCUAAAGGACAGAAUCUUGUUGUUUACAAAGAUUCUUUUGAAAAUGUCUUCCUUGAAGAUACAGAAAGGUUUUAUACUCGAGAAAGUUCAGAGUUCCUUCGUCAAAAUCCAGUCACAGAAUAUAUGAAGAAGGCAGAACAAAGGUUAUUGGAAGAACAAAAACGAGUUCAAGUAUACUUGCAUCAAACAACCCAUGAGAGAUUAGCAAAAACAUGCGAGAGAGUCUUAAUUGAAAAACAUUUAGAUAUUUUUCAUUCUGAAUUUCAAAAUCUAUUGGAUGCUGACAAAAACACAGACUUAGGUCGGAUGUAUCAAUUAGUCGCAAGAAUACCAAAUGGUCUAGGUGAAUUACGAAAUCUUCUAGAGGGUCAUAUAGCUAAUCAAGGACUUGCAGCUAUUGAUAAGUGUGGUGACUCUGCAGCUAAUGAUCCAAAGGUUUAUGUAAACACAAUUUUGGAGGUUCAUAAAAAAUACAAUGCUUUAGUACUUGUUGCAUUUAAUAAUGACAGUGGUUUUGUGGCAGCUCUUGAUAAGGCUUGUGGAAGAUUCAUUAAUAGUAAUUCUGUAACUAGAGCAGCAAAUAGCAGCAGUAAAUCACCUGAGUUAUUAGCAAAAUAUUGUGAUCUGCUGUUAAAAAAAAGUAGUAAAAAUCCCGAAGAAGCCGAACUUGAAGACACACUGAACCAAGUUAUGGUGGUAUUUAAAUAUAUCGAAGACAAGGAUGUGUUCCAAAAGUUUUACAGUAAAAUGCUAGCAAAACGAUUGGUACAACAUAUGUCUGCCAGUGAUGAUGCAGAAGCUUCUAUGAUUUCUAAAUUGAAACAAGCUUGUGGUUUUGAGUAUACUUCAAAACUACAAAGAAUGUUUCAGGUACUGUAUUAUACUAUAAAGCUUUUUAUACUUAAUUUGUAUUAAUUUGCGACUAUUUCCUUAUUGCCUAUUAAUAUCUGUCAAAAUUAUAUAAAAGUGCUGUCUUCUGGCUCUUGGCCAUUUCAACAAUCUUUUACUUUUUCACUGCCAACAGAGCUAGAGAGAUCUGUACAUAGGUUUACCACUUUCUAUAGCUCACAACAUAGUGGGAGAAAGUUGAAUUGGUUAUACAAUAUGUCUAAAGGAGAAUUACAUACAAAUUGUUUUAAAAACAGAUACACGUUGCAAGCAUCGACAUUUCAAAUGGCUGUACUAUUGCAAUAUAAUGGAUCCACAGUGUGGACAAUACAACAGUUGCAUGAUGCUACACAAAUAAAAAUGGACUUUUUGCUUCAGGUUAUUCAAAUACUCUUGAAAGCUAAACUGUUAACAGCAGCUGCAGACGACGAAGCUGAGUUGACACCAUUGUCAACAGUGGAGCUUUUUGCAGGAUAUAAAAAUAAGAAGCUGAGGGUAAAUAUUAAUAUACCAAUGAAAACGGAAUUGAAGAUUGAACAGGAAACGACACAGAAAAAUAUAGAGGAGGAUAGAAAACUUUUAAUUCAGGCAGCAAUUGUUAGAAUUAUGAAAAUGAGGAAAGUAUUGAAACAUCAGCAACUGGUAGCCGAAGUAUUGAAUCAAUUAAGCUCCAGGUUCAAACCAAGAGUACACGUUAUUAAGAAAUGUAUAGAUAUUUUAAUUGAGAAAGAAUAUCUGGAGCGCACAGAGGGUCAGAAGGACACAUAUAGCUACCUGGCAUGAUCAAGUUGAUCUAGGACAACGAUACAGCAGCAAUCAU